AUGCUGAAAAGUGUCGAACUAUCAUGUUAUUCUAAUGUCCAUUUAAAAAGUUGGAAGGUGUCGUCUCAUUGGUAAAACCCCAAAAGUAAUGAACUACACUAACCCUUUAGACUGUAUAGGCGGCUCUCUCUUAAGAGAAACUUCUAUAAGAUGGACACCUCAGUUAAACGGACACCUACAGUGUAGUGUUGGUGCCUACCUUUCUUUACUCCCUUUAUUUGACUCUCUUUAAGAUGGCCAUUAGGCCUAGGUUUGAACCUAUAUCCUACCAACAUGCUGUGCAUGCUCAACAAAGAUCUUACUCGAUUCAUGCAUAAUCUUACUCAUUGGUACCCCAAAAUGGAGCAAGUGAAAGGAAGGAUCUGCUAGCAGGGUGUUUGCAUCUAUACGUAAGUCACACAACAGUAAGUUGUAGAUACUGCCAUUCAUAUCAAACAUUUUUAUUCUUUUCUUUCUGGUAGCAAGUGCUCAGAGUUCAACGCAUUACAGAUAUCCUGUUCUACAUGAGGUUCGAUGGGGUGCAGAUCUUCAGAGCAUUAUAACUCGCAAGCUGAUUAAUGAGACUCAUGGUAAUAAUAUUUUUAUUUUAAGUUGUUGUUAUUUGGACAUCACCCAAAAAGAGUUUUCGAGUUUGCUUGUUUUAAUUCAAAGAUGCAAUAGGCCUCAGUCUCCUGUGAUCCCCGACUUUCCCAAGAUUCAUGUACCCAGACUUGGAUAUGUAGUACCAAGGCUGUGCUCCAAGGAAAAUUGAAGGGUGCCCAGUGCUCUGAACCUGUAAAAUCUAGGGUGCCCAGCAUAUGAUUUGUAUGAAAAAUUUGAGAUUUUCUAGUCGCCCAAGAGCAAAAGUUGGGUGCCAGGGUCCACCGGGCUCUGCUAGAGCACAGUCCUGGGCUCUACAAGCUGAAUUCAGAAAUGUUUGUGUUAAAUGAUGUUUCAUCAUCAUCAGAUCUCACCGUGCUAACACUUUCUGUCCAGCUAGUGUUGUAUCAUUAUCAACACUUUUGGUUUCUGUAAUAAUAAUUAUUACAGAAACCAAAGCACAGGAUCAUUAGCCCUAUUCCCAAUCCCCAACCUGGAGGACCAGGGGGUCACUCUUUGUCAAGUCUCUACUCGACCUUUUCAGCAUGGGUGGCCCUACCAGGAGUACAAGACUCCAGCUGACAUAGAGGUCAUUGAGACAUGCAAACAGCCCCACCACAAUAAAGUAGUUCUGGGGCAAAACGUGAUGUAUAUUUAUCUGAUACAUCGUAUAUUGUAGCUAUCUUUAUGGAUCUUCAGCAAAUUCCUGACUCUGGUGGAACAGGAAGAAAGGCGAGGUAAGUUUAAAAAGUGGCCUGACCUAAAGGGCGGGUUUAUUGACACUCUGAAUUGGUAUUUCUGAUGAAAUAGAAGUAGAGAUGAUUGCUAUUAAUGAAAAGGUGAUCUUAAAGAUAUUUGUUACAUUAUAUGCAUUAUUUAGAGUAUAGCAAGUUCACUGAGACAAGUUCAUUUUCCUGUCAAUAUUACAUUAACAAAUGAAAAAUGACAACUGCUUGUUAUGCAUCCUUGUUGCAGUUUUUGCUGUUAUACAUGUAAAAGUAGAGGGGGACAAGGGGGGGGAAGUCUCAUCAUGAGUUCACAAACAACAAUUUUGCACUUCACGAGUCACAAAACAAAUUUUACGUUUUCACGCUUCUCAAAAAUCGAGUUCGUACAAAAUGUCUAAAACGUUAUGUUAGUCCCAUUUUGUAAAACAUGGUGCUUCCAUAGAUUACCUAUUCGACAUUCGGAUCCACAAAUUGUGGGGUCAGUGACUUUGUUUGCUUAGUUACUUGCCUAUUCUACUGAAAAUUUAAUACAAAAUUAUUGAAAUCUUAAUUUUUUAGUUGCUUAGAUUUUGGAUUGUAGUAAAGCUCUUAAAGCUUUUAUAAUCAACUUUUAUGUGGGUUUAAGUUUUCCGUAAACCCUUUUGUGUUGAUUUCUUAUCCAUUCCAUCGUUUCAUUCCCAAAAAAGUUAAUAGAAAUAUGAAAUAAGAAUGUUUUUAGCUGGUUUGAAGAAUGCUGAAUGAUUCUCUUAAUUACUUUUAAAUGAGUUUAUGUAUGGAAUCAAAGUAAUUACCACCGAUUUUGUGGCCAACAGAAAGAUAUUUGCUGGAAAUAGAACUGAAGAAACCACAUAUUCUAUAGAUGUAACUGUCACCAAUGUCUUUAUACAAGCAGAAGAAACAACAGGAUCACGUGCCAUAGGUUCAAUAGCAAUCAUAUAUUACAGGCUGUUUUCCAUCUGUGUUACACUUCAAAAGCAUUACUACAACUAACUGACAGUGAAUGAAGCAAAGGCUUCUCUUGAUUUUGAGUGAUAGCAAGCAUGUUAUUGCUGUGAAUGAAACACCCUGCCAAAAUCAAUUUCUUGUCGCAGCAAGCCUUGUCUUUGCCAUCUCUUUCCAUGCAGUGCCAAGAAAUGCCUUAAGGUUGCUCUUGUUCACAGGGUUGGAGACGAAGUUUUGCCACUUCUUGGGAACUGGAGUAGACGGGCCCGAUAUUCGCAUCUCAAAGCUUGAUGAUGAUCCCGUUUGAGCAUGAUGUGCUUCCUUGAUCAAGUCUUCAUUCUCAUUGUGAUCAAAAACUACAUCCACACAAUUACGGCCAUUAUUACCGAGAUGCGCGGUUAUCACCUGGAAGUAUUUGUUAGCGAGCUCUCCAAAUGUGGCCGAGCCUGUGUUCUUCAUCAUUAUUUUGUACCACUGCCAUGCCAUCUAUGACAUACGCAGUUGACAUUCUGACAUCUACUGGUAGUCUGGGUAGCCCUUGUACUUGUUCCUAGAGUAUCCCCAGGAACACACUUUUAGUAGUUUUCCUUAACGAUCCAUCAGGAUGAGCCAGUGCGCAAGGGACAGGGUCCAGCUCGUACUUUAACACUUCUCUUAAGUUGAUUUCCCUUGAUCGUGAAGCUAUCAAAAGCGGCCCGAACAAGUUCCUGUCCACGCUUGCUGUUACAAGCUUCUCAUCCACGGACUUAACCUUUGCUUUCUUUGACAAACUUGCAAAGGUUUUUUUGUUUAUCUUUUCCAUCAGUUCCCAAAACCAAACUUCAUUGGUACUGAUACGCUUGCUCACAAUAAUAAUAACUUUAUCCUCGCUGCUCCUAGACAUUGGGCAUCAAUAAGUUGCUCUGAUAUCUCCUCUGGCAUAACUACUCCUGUAGCAAGGCUCAUUAGUGGAAAAUCCUCUCUGUAUGCAUCUUCAUAGAACAGACCAGACAUCACUGUCUUCAGGGUAUGUACAUGUAUGACCUUUUUGAUGUCAUUUUCGUCUCUUUGAACUCUGACUUUUCAUGAUUCCCUGUGUGUACUUCUGGUAGAUUCAUCCAAAUCCAUCAUUCUUUUGGUAGCAGUCGUGGUUGCUGUUCUCUCGUGUGCUGUCAAAAACCAUUUCUGGAGAGCGCUUGGCCUUUGCAUAAUACCGAUUAUGCCACCUUUAGUUACUAUCAAGGUUAAUGCUCCGUGCGAGUGCCAUGUCCGCCAAGACUUGGUUAAAUGACUGUGACGUUGACCUGCUGACAGUGUGGUUCCCUCUAAGGAACUUGUUAUAGACAUUUAGAGCUUUUUCUUGCAGAUCAACCGCACAUAUCCAUAAUAUAUACUGGCAGCCAUCGGGAGUAAUUCUAGUGAUCCAUUGCAAAAAACAAGGAAUCAUCUUUGUUGUAACGUUUAGAUGUAGCUCCCAGUCACCCUCUUGUUCUGCUCAAAUGAACUCUAGAAGAAGGAGAAUCAUCUUGAUGUACUUGUCCCUAAACUUGAAAAUUUCAAUGAUGUUUCUUGCUUAAACCGCAUCAACACGGAUGGCGGUGUUACAAAGGAGCAAAUAGGCCUCUUUCUUCUCUUCAGAUGUUGUUGCUGUUCUGUAGUGCACUAUGACAGAGUAAACGAGAUUUAGAAUUGAAACUCCUUCACUUUCGACUCCUCCACCUCCUCCUUUACUAACCCAGGAUCAAAAUGCAUCCCAUUUCAAAUGCAGUAGCUUCUCUAUAAUCAAUUUGUGUCCUCUAAUUCCCGUUGUACGAUUUUCCCUGCAAUAGUGCCAUAGUAGAGCUUGUUCCGUAGCGGCCAGACUCUAUAGACACAUCUUCUAAGCCACUCUCCUGCAACAUCUUUCCAAUCAAGGCCAAAUAAUUGAGUGUAAUGUAAAACCCCCCUAACCAAAUCACCAGGUUUUGGAACUCUUCUGGAUAAUGGCAGUGGAUUUCUUCUUCCUUGGAGUAAAUUGCCAGAUUACUGCAGUGCUCCACUGGAUAUGUUUGGAUAUUUCUUGCAUGAUUUUAAGUACUGUAUAGAUGAUGCUGUAACCUGUAGGCAAUUCAGAAAUCAUCAGGCUGUACCCAAUGACAGUACAAGACGACGUGAUGGAAGAUACAUGCAUUUCAGCAUUGAAUGCACUCCAUCCAGAUACUGAUUGCUCUCCACAGGUAUCAUCAGCCUUCAAUACAUUUUUCCUAUUGAGCCUGAGCAGAAACCUUGCCAGUUCUCUCACAUUCUGAGUUGUUGUGGGAUCUUUUCUUAAGUCAAAGUUCUCUUCUGCCCCUCCUAUGAAUGAGGCCAAGGCAGGACCCUUACCAUGCACACUGCACAUGUGCAUGGGUUGACCGUGAACUGACUUCUCUAAGAUCUUCUUCUAGAGGUGUGGUCGCUAUGGAUAUUCGGUGGGAGUUUAGGUCCAAACGGCUGAUGCUGAUACACCACUAGCAUUGUGGCGUGUGGGGUUUGUUUGCCAUCUAGAGUUUCCUCGUUGAAGUCAUUAUUGCCAGCAACAAAUUGUACCAAUGGGCCAGGGGUGAUGUUUGAUGGAAUGACUGCUCUAUUUUGAGCAGUGCCUCAUUCUGUUUUACAAAGUCACGAUAACCUUAGACCCAGUUAAAUUAUUUAUGGUGACUGCCAAACCGAUGUGUUUUGGUGUUUUCACCUGACUGUUGUUUGCGGCAUGAAUUAUACUCUGACCUAGCAUAACUAUGCGUCUUCCUUUCUCAGCAAUGAGAGUAGAUCCGUCCAUCUUGCCUAAAGAUAACCUCUGAAAGAAAACUGUAAAGGCUUUCUGGUAUUGGACACCUACCCUUCUCUGUGGACACAUCCUCUACACACAAUGGCUUGAUUGAAAUACCAUUGUGCUGUUUGAUGCCAUUGUUUAUUAUCUGGACUGCUUGGUACAAAAUGGUAGCUUUAUCUUGUUUGAUAUCCUGUCUUGUGUCCUCAUCGAUUUCAAAAUCUUUGCUUGACUGCUGGGAGACUGAUGUUUUCACAAUGUUUUCCACUGACAAAUGACUGGAAUAAAUUAUUUCAGGUUUUGAAGGGUCGUUUUGCUUCUGGAUGACUAUUUGGUCUAAGAAAGCAAUCGCUGGUCAUCACGAGCAAUGGCAGCAUCGACAAUCUCUUGUAUAUCUAAAAGAAGGUAACUGCUUGUUUUAGGAUUGCAUUACAAUAAUUGAUUAUAAAUUGAUUAUAAAUUGUAAAUUGAAAAUGAAAUAAAUUAUAAAUUAUUUAUAAUCAAAUUACAUGCAUUAAAGAUUGAUGGUUCAGUGUAUAUUGAAUUGGUUGUAAAAACAAGGUCUAAUUAUAGAAAAAUUUUCUCCAUUUCAUUUGCUCAUUUUUCUUAAUCAACUAUGAAAAAUCUUUUAAUGUACACCUAGCACAACGACAUUAAAAAAAGGUGUCUAACAGGAUUAAAAGUGGCGAAGUGGAAAUGUUUCUUUCCUUUUGAAAAUUAAAUCAUUCCAGCAGUUAAAAUGGUGGAUGCUUCUUGUAAAGCAAUUUGGGAUUUGCAUCAAAGGCAUCAUGGGAAUGAAAAACGAAAUAUGAAAAUGUUCAAAUUGAUGCUUCAAAAUACCCCUGACCCCCCUCAGAAAUUGCAGUGUACCAUGUCACUGACCCCACAAUUUGUAAAUCCAAAUGCCAAGUAAGUAAUCUAUGGGUAUUUGGCUAUCUGAAUCUGUUGUCAAACCUCUUGUGUGGUGGGGGUGCUGCGUAACCCAUUUUUUGGGCCUCCUUUAGAAACUAGCCAUCCACGCAGAUGUUUUUAGAGGUUUGUCAUGCAUUCCUGCCCCACUAACUCCUAAGAAUAACUGCGUGGGAGGCUACUCCUUGACUUUUUCGUCGCAUUGAUCUGACUAAACAAAUUUUUAACCUUGAAACUUUUGCAGACUCUUGUAAAGAUGUUAUGUCUAAAAUAAUAAUUACAAUCCUCUGCUAAUGUUGUUAUUAUGUCAACAAUCACCCUCCCCUAAACUGCAGGUAAAAAUUUCAACCUCCUCCGCUAGGUAAAGUGGCUUAAUCCCUGCCCUUUCCUGCUAAAUGACCUGUCCCCAAUGCAUUUGAAGUCCCAGGUCAUAUAAAGGUGUUUUACACAUAAAAUAUUUAGUCUCUCUUCUUAAUAGUUAUUCACUGACUUUGUUUUGUGUUAGUUUAUUCUAUUUAUUGUAUGUUGUAGUGUCUGUAUUGUUGUUUAGUCCAUCUACUAGAACCUUGUAAUGUAAAUAUGUCUUUCCUCCCUCGGCCUUGAUUAGUUACUAUGGGUUAUUAGCUUACUUAAGUACUCUUGUGUAAAUGCCUUAUAUAGUGUGAAAUAAAGAAAGAUUAAAAAAGAAAGAUUAAGAUUAUUUAUACAGGUUGAAUUUCAAAAAAAAUUGUUGUUAAACUGCCUUUUGGCCCUUUCCUGACUGGGAUUCUUAACGCGGGACAUUUCGUUUAUCAUAUUUAAAGUACAUAUUGUUAUGGCCGCUGGCCGUCAGAUGCAGUGAUUAUAAACAUUCGAUUUGCGUCGAAAGUCAAAAGAAAUGAAGAAAAAGAUGUCAUCCGUUUUCGAAUCAUCAGAGGAAAAAACGAAUGGCACAAAACUGGCACGGUUAGUGAUUGAUGGAGGAACACACGCGUUAAGGACGUUUUUAAACACUUUUCAUCCCCCGGGCGUGUUACAAGCAGCAUUGGCGAGCAACUUUGGAAAACUUCACGUUCUUAAAUCGAAACGAGGGAUCUUUGAUAGCCAGUGGGAGUCGCUGUUUCCUUCUUCAGGUGAUCCACCAGAUUCUGAGACAUUCGAUAUCACCCUUUUGCAUUUGCUGCUUCGGGAAAUUUGUUAUUUGGCGCCGCCUUCUACAGGAUGGAACAAUCUGCCACUAGAUUCUGAUGUCAGUCCCGAAGCACACAUUGUCCGAAUAAAAUGCUUUAGAAAUGAGCUCUGUCACAGUAUUUCUACUGGUGUUACAAAUGUUGAGUUUGAAGAUAAGUGGAACAAGAUUUCAGAGUCGCUAGUCGCGCUAGGACUCGAUCAAAAGGAGAUAGACCUCCUGAAGACUAAACCAAUUGAUCACGAUACUGAAAGCCGUGUAAAGGCGGAAGUGGAAAGGUGGACUCGGGAUUUUGAGACACAAAUACAGAUCUUGGAGCAAGAGGUCAAGCAGAUGAAAGAUGAAAUCUCAAGGAUUCAUGAUUCAAUUUCAGAAAAAGGCGCAAAUGAGCUCGCAAAUUGUCUUCCAGAUGAAAUUCCAGAUGUCUUUGGUCGUUCAGAGGAGAUAAGACAAGUCACAGAAGCUAUCCAAUUUCAACGAGUAGACACUGUUGUGAUAACAGGGGGGCCAGGGUUUGUCGCUCAUGAACUGGUAGCUAAUCAUCAUUGCAAAAACACAGUUUUGUAUUGCCCGAUCAGAUCAAAAACGACAGUUGAUGAUGUUGCAACCUCAAUGAUUCUUACCUGUAAUAAAAAUCACUCUCAUCCCCCACAGAAUCCUCACCAUUGGUUGCUUAACUGGAGCAAGCAACAAAUGAACCAUGUUACUUUUAUUUUAGACAAUGCUGAUGACAUUCUUAAUUCAGAUGACCGAUUGCACUUCAUAAAUCUUUUACGUGAUAUGAGAAUCUUAUCGGGACAGAAUGUUGAUUUUCUUGUCACAUCUCGAAGAGUAUUCAAAGAUUCAAGCUUGAAGAUGAUAGAAGUCAGAUUAAAAGCCUUAGCACUUGAAGAGUCUCGAAGAGUUCUUACUGCACAAGUCUCUGAUGACUGUAUUAAAAAACAACUGUCGAAAACAGACAUCCUAAUUGAACUGUGUGGUUGUGUGCCUCUUGCUAUCUGUAUUGUUGGCUCUUUGCUUUCAGACUACACAGAAGAUGAACUGAUUAACAGUCUUAAGGAAAGUCCAUUGGAUGUGCUUCGAGAAGAUGAAAGUGAUGAUAAUUCUGUUAAAAAGGCUAUUAAAACCUCCCAUGAUGUUUUGAGCGACAUUGAGCAACAAGUCCUGGUUGUUAUGUCAGCCUUUCUUGGUUCUUUCAGUUCUGAAGCUGCCAAGACUGUAAUUAGUAAGUGCAUGAGCUGUAUUUCUCAGCCGAUGUCAAUUCUUCGUUCUUUGAAAAAUCGGUCACUCAUUGAACAACCAGCUUCACAGAGAUAUCAGAUCCAUCCACUUAUACAGGCAUUUCUGAAAACUAUCGAUCAAGAAGUUGGUACCCAGCUUGUCAUAUCGGGACAAAGAGAGGCUUGUGCUUACUUUAUUUCUCAGCUUGCUGACAAUGCCGACCUAUACUGGACCAACGACAUGUGCAAAGAGUCCAUUCAGCGUUUUAAUAAGGACAGACAUAACUUUGAAUAUUUCCUCAAAGCCUGUAUCAGUGGAUUGAAGAAUGAAGAUCCUGAUGUCUUAGCAGUCAUGGAAACCUUAGUGGAGAGGAUUUCCCAAAUAUCUUCAAUAUACUUGUAUUUAGAGAUGUGCCUUCUUCCUAGUGUUUAUGUGGAGUUCCUUAAACUUUCUUGUGAUUUGCUGACAUCUGGCCAUCACCCUUCCACUAGAAGAGUGGAGCUUCUUUGCCUUGUUGGGCAUGAAAGCAGAAGAGCAGGAGAUCUCAACAAGUACAAAGAGUUCCAGGAAAAGGCCAGAGAAGCACACUUGCAGAACCCUGCAGAAUUUGAGGGUGAGAAGGUGUCAGAAGCUUUCUUUCACAACAACAAUGCACGCUUCCUUGCUGAGGAAGGAAAACUAGAUGAAGCAAAAGAACAAUUUGACUUGUGUCUUAACAUAUGUGAGGAAAAUUUGUCUUUGGAUUACAUGUAUGUACAGAAAGCAAUAACUUUGCUUUUUGCUGGUUAUGAAGACAAUCGUCGCAAUGAACGCUGUAAAGCAGAACAAAAACUAAAUGAAGCAUUGGACCUUUAUCAAAGGGUCCUUGGGAAACAUGUUAUGACUGCUUGGGCUGAAAGAAAGCUUGCAGAUUUUCACCUCUUUCAUGGUGAUGGUAGUUUGGGAACUGUAGAAGACCAGCAAAAAUGUAUUGAGCUUUAUGGGGAUGCAUUAACAAUUAUGGAGAGUCUUGGAAUGGCAGGCCACAAAGAGUGCAUCCUGAGUCUGACAAACUUAGGCAUAUGUCACCAACUACAAGGCAAUCAAGAACAAGCAAUGAAAUUAUAUCAAGGAGCUUUGAACAUUGCAGAAAGGGAAUUAGGAGAGAAUCACAAGUGGAAAGUAUAUCUUAAAACACAAAUGGCUUACUGGAAUAAAGAAAAAGGAAAUUUGGAUGAGGCCAAAGCAUUAAAAGAAGAAGCAGUACAUAUGAGUGAUACUUUGGGGCUCCCGGUCAAUCAACCACGCAACAAGUUUUUGUUGCAGAAAAUUUGAUGCUGGGAUGAAUGAGCAAAUACAAGACUAUGAAACUUUUACAAAGGAACAGUCACUAUUUUUAAUGCCAGUUUGAACUAAACACUUGCUUAACCCUUUAAAUCCUAAGAGUGAUCAGCAUCAAAUUUCUCCUUGUGAUAGCAAUGCUUUGUGAAACAGAGUGGUCAUGAGAAUUAGGGACAUGAUCACACAAAAUGUAUUUACUUAAUACCUCAUUAACCUCAUUACCUUCACACCACUACUUCUAUAGUCAAUGAAUAGGGGUGACAAAGGAGAAUUUUAAUUUUGAUCUUAGGGUUUAAAGGGUUAAAGGAUAAUGAUCAUUGCUAUCCUGAUACUGGAGAGAGGGGUGCUUUCAGGAUGGAGGGACCUUAUUUGAGCUUUCUGACUAAGUGCCUCAUGGAAUACCUACAAGUGACAAUGAUGGUGACAGCUGUGGAAACAUUACUUAUAAAGUGAAUUCAUGUUCUUUUAAACUUCAUUGUGGUGCUUCCAACUUGCUAAGUUUGUUAAACAAGGGCAAAUUCUCCUAAGGAGUGUACUCAAGUUGGUAAAAAAGAAGAAUUUUUUGUGAUGUGACUGUAUGUUUACAUCCUCCAUAAAAUGCUGCAUUAGUAAAAUUUUGCAUUGUUAUGCAGUGUCAGCAAAGAAAUGUGCCAAACAGUGUGAGGCAUAUACUGAGUUGUUCUUUUGCUUAAUAAACCUAUUGCUUUUUUGAUGUUCUCAUUAUUGUGGCUACUUAAGCUCCUUAAUGAAUACGUUUCAGAGGGAGAAGGCGUGAAAAUGAUAAUGAUAAAUGAUAAUAGCAUUUUUUAACUAGGAUAAAACCCAUCAGCAAAAGCUGCUAUAAGUGGGUGCCACUUAUAGCAAAUAAUAAUAAUAAUGAUAAUAAUAAUAAUAAUAAUAAAUAAGUAAAAGAAGUCAUGGAGAAAAUAAAAUCUAUGUGAUAUGUAGCAGAUAAAAAGGUAUGACUGGCAGAAAUUAUUAAAUGUAAGGGUAAUUUAAGGUUGCUUGACUGGAUUUUUCAUGGGCACAACCUUCCAAGUUUGAGCAUUAACUACGUUGCCAUUAACAAAGACUUGGAAAAAAUACCACCACUGCUGUAUUAGAUGAGGAUGAAAAUUUGUUAUGAUAGUGUUUCAUUUACAAUGGGAUUGUCAUAGCAGCAAAAUGACGUCAUUAUCUAUUUUACUUGCAGCCGUAUUUCUUGGAACCGGAAGGUUUUUUCCAAAAUUGUUCAUGGGGGCUUGUUCCUCCAGUAGCUGCCUCAAUGUCUGUGAAGUUUGAGGAAGUGACCUUCUGACCUUCUUGCCCCCAAGAGAUACCUAGCUGGCAUUCUCUUAAAGGGCAAUAAAUUUUUUCUGCUUCCUUAGCUUCUUUCUGUGGUACUUUAUAGCUUUCAGCUAAGUGGAUGCAAAGUAUUUUUUUGGUUGGUUGUUUGUUGGUGUUGAAAACAAACUAGUGAAAGGCUUAUCUAUUGGAAUAAACCUUUUCUCUAGUGACUUCACUGUGCUCUAUAAGUUUGCCUCUUUCUUGUGUCAUGCAUCUACAAGAAAAUGGGUCAUAAAAAGUCCCAAUUAUCUAACAUAUACCGAAGCCAAAUUCUAAUGUGUCAAAACAUUUGCAAGGAAAUGUUUGUGCUAUGAUUGUGACUGGUCAGCCAAAUUCAUUAUACCACUGUAAAGUAAAUUAUUUAAUAUACAUUUUUCAUGUUCCUUAUGCCACAUACAUGAUUUAUCAAAGUUUACUGGUAAUGCACAGGGCCAGUUCCUGAAGUAGGUCAGUGCAAGUGCAAAUCAUGGAGCAUUUUAUAGUGGAGCUCUCGCGUGCGCGAAGCGUGUGCAGCAAAGCACCAUGGGUAAGAAAAUGUGGUAAUCUACCCAUCUGAGAAACUUUUGUAAUCACAUGACAUUACGUUGACCCAUCCGUCUGCACCACAGGCAUACCAAUGUAAAAUAACUCAAUCAACAGGUAUGGCAACCAAAAUGCAACUCAAGGUUCUGUUUGGAAGGAAAUCGCAUGGCUGCCCAGACUUUUAGAGAGGAAAAACAACAACAAAGUCGUGUCUUUUUCGAUGUUAUUUUUUAUGUUUACACUCACAUGGAUAACAGAGAAAGAAAGAACUAGAGUGAGUGAUUGAAAGCAAAGGAGAUGAAUUUCAUCAGGAGAAAAACCUGAAAAUUUCGUAGUGGCGCUGAGAAAAUGAGAAAUGCUAGCAGCCUGCAAGGUGAAAAUGAGUGGCAGUGAAAAAAUAAAUCUAUAUAUUAAAUAAAGAAAUAGUAAUCAAAUAAUAGUAAUGUGAUUUCUUGUCAUCUUUUAAUUGUUGAUAUUAGUUUUCUUUUUAACAGCCUGAUCAAGAUCAGCAGAAGGUAUAGAAGCGUAUUAAGAGCUUGCAUUCUGGACCUGGAAGAAAAGGCUGGUACGUUGUGUUAGAUUGCUUUGAUGUUAUCUUUAUUUUUUUUUGUUACUUUCUCUGAUCUCUAUGUUCGCAUUCUCUGAUCUCCAUGUUUGCUGUGUGCACUAUGCUACUUAUAUACAAAUAUACAAAGAACUUUAGUGAAAACAUGGAACUACACAUGUUGUAACUUAGACAUUACAUGCAAUAAAUUAUCUUCCGUAAAUUGUAAGUAGAUGUGCCUGGACCUCUUCUCAGAAAAGGCCCCCUGUGGUUUGAUUAGUCUUGUACUUGACCACCUCGUGUAAGCAACCACUAUAUCUUUGCAUUUUGGGUGGUCACUUAUGGGAGGUUCCACUGUACUAAGCUUCUAUUUUUUUUUUACCCUUGUUAAUUACCCUGUUUAACAAACAUAAACACAAUGUAUUGAAUUUUUUUUACCCACUUGCAGUGGACUCUAGACUCUCAUUGAGCAGUCCUCAGUCAAGUAUUGCACAGGUGGGUAUUGUAGAGGGAAAUUGAAGAAAUCUAGUGUUAUGACUGUAAUUUAUCUUUUUAAAGUACAUGUGUAUUAUAUUUUGUUAUCAAGAGAAAGAGAGUAUACAUUCCCAAUGCGUUGGGAGUCAGGGUCCACCAUUACCAUCCAACUAUGCAACUAGUUGCUAGCCUGCGAGCAAGCUCUCCAGGGCGCUCUGGCAGUGGGGCAGGAAAAGGAAGGAGAGCUUGCAACUAAGUCUCUGGCAUUUGAAUAUCUGCAUCAAAAAAGUCGAUGCAAAAUGCUGAUUGGCAGAGAUGACAUUAGAAAUGAUGUCAUUACCCAUGGCAUGUGUUUUUCAAUGUUUGUUUACAUUUGUGCUCAUUUCCACUUCGCGCUGACUGGCAGAAAUCUGACAGCUCAGUAGAUGGGAGCCACAGGGGAAUUGGAUGUGGAAUUCAAAUUCCAGAGAUGUAGUUGCAAGCUCUCCUUCCUUUUCCUGCCCUGCUACCUGAACGCCCGGGAGAGCUUGUCCACAGGUUAGCAACUAGUUGACCCCAUUACCUGGCAAAGAGCAGUAAUGUGGAUCAUUAGGGGCAUUUAUGGAUUACUGAUCGUGAAACAUCUGUGGCUGUUAUUCACUUGUAUUUCCCUGCCCAGUUGGAUGCACGUCUAAUUUGUUUUAACCACUAGUCUAGAUGUCUAGCUGCUUUUCUAUUUCAUAAUUUGCAGAAGCAUCUGUUGACACUUAUUGAAACUGUCUGGCACCUGUGUGAAAUACUAUUCAUUGAAACUUUGCCAGGUAAGACAUGUGAUACAGUGCUAACUCCAUGAUGGUUACACAGGCCUGUAAAGUGCUUCAAAAUCACAACCAUCACACUGAACAAUUUAUCUUUAUUUCUUGGAACAGGUGGGGCUGUUCUACAUCAUCUGCUAGAAUGGGUCCAAAAUGGACAUGCUGACAAGUAUGUCAAAGAUGUGCUACAGCAUUCACAGCCACAUGAUAGCCCUUCAUACUGGCCUGCCGUAAGUGUUCUGUCCGCCUUGCCAUGGUAGUUCAAAAGUUGAAUAUUGUUGUCCACUGUGUGAAUCACUGUCCAGUGAAUAAGUAUAAGGAAAACUAGUACAAUAUAUUAUCUACUGGAUAGAGAUUUGUUCAGUCAUUAACACUACCCACCUUUGAGCAACUGGGGCGGCCUGGUCAUAUUUUUAAUAUGUAGUGUACACGUAUUUCUCUCCUCCUACAACACUUUUUGUGGUCACUGUUUAUUGGGGAGGAGCAUUGCAUGACAAGACAAAAAUAGGGAAUGUAAGCAAAGGCAUUUUUGAGCAAUGCACUUCAACCGGAAGUGGACUUUUUGCAUUCUCAAGCAGUGGUUUUGCCCAAACUUUGAGUUAAAUCGUCUCUACAAGUGCAAAGAAACUAAGCAAUACAGACUGCAUAGCGUCAAGGCAUAUUAAAAUGGAAAAGUCUUCACCUCCGGUUGACAUGCGUCUCUUAAAAGGUCUUUGCUUAAGCUCCCUAAUGGCUGCAAGGGACACCACUUGUACAGGAGCUUAUAGCCAUUACAGUGUCAUUAAGUUGUUAGAAAGUUUGGAACAUCAGUUCACAGUAAGUCUGUCAUGUGAAUAACAACAGAAUCUUCACCUUAACAAUAUUGGUAAACCUGCUUUACAAAGGUGCUUUGACAAAUUCACUUGGUUCUCAAGAGGUGACAACCCUUUUUAAUUCUUUCUGUUUUUUGAGAUUGUUUUUUACAUCACUAAGCCAUGCACUUCUUCAUUCUGUAAAACCUACCAAGAUGUAUGUAAACUGAGACAAAAAAACCUGAUUAUCAUUAUCCAGUUUGUUUUUUCAUUCCUACAGAUCUACUCUUUGGUUCUUCAAGGGCGGAUAAAUGAUGUGCGUGAACUUCUUGCCCAGCAUCCAGAAAAACAGCCAGGAAAAUAUGAUGUGAGAAUUUCUUUGGGUUUUUAUUAUGUUGACUUUCAACUCCAUUGAGCAGGGCUGUCACUAAAAAGGACCAGGGGCCAGGGGCCAGGGAUUUCCCCUAGCUACAAUAUGCAUGACCCCUGGCUUCAUUCUAAGGAAACUAGAGAAAAGUAAAGUUGAACCUCUAUUAAGCGGCCACCUUCGAGGUACCAGCUAAUGGUGGCUUAAUAGAGGUUGACCGCUCAAUAGAGGUUCAUCAGUAAUUAGCAUAAUCUUUGGCAGAAACAUCACUUUAUUUUGAACAAACGCGCGAUGGAAGAAGCACUUCUGAUCCACAGUUGGUCGUUAGCUUCUUUCUCAGACUGUAUUUUUCUCAUCACAUUCUUGAAAUGAAGCCAAUUUAAGUGUAUCAAGCGCUUGAUGGCCGCUUAAUAGAUGUGACAACAACUGGAGAACUCUCAUUGGAACGGACAAAAAGGGGCCGCGGCCACUCAGUAGAGGUUUAAUUUCCCAUUUUUUUCUACAGUUAUUUCGGGACUUUGAUUACUGGUUGCUUAAAAGAGGGUGACCGCUUAAUAGAGCUUCAACUGUAGAACCGAAAGAACCUCCUAGCUGUUUAAUUACCUGCCUACUUAUUGCAUUAUACCCAGCAAAUUGAAAUCUUAGUGACAACUGUACUUGGAGUGCUCUAAAUUUAAGUUAAGAUUAAUUAAAAGCUUUUUCUCAAUAUUGCAGGAGUUUGAAAGCAUGGAUGAACUUCUUCGAAAAAUGCCAAUGUACCAGGUUGGUUCAAUAGGAAAUGAUGUAAAAUAUUUGCACUUAAGGAAGAUUUAAGCAGAAUGUGUCUACAGUUCUUGAAAAGUGCGAGUAAUAACUAAAAGCUUGUUGCUAAAGAACAGGUCAUCUAAUGAAGGUGCUCUUAAAUCACCUAUGACCCUCGGCAUCACAAGAAGACCUGACGAUUAUAUGGAAACUAGGCAGUGAAGAAACAUGCAUUUCCUUGUUAUGGUGAAUUUGCUGCAAAUUGUAAUUUGUUGUUUGUUUACCCACGGAGCACUUAGGAGUUCAUAAGAACUCGUUGAAACGUGUCCACGAAUUCCAGAUCAAAUUGUUGGAAAUGUUGGUUUUUAAGGAGAGUGGAAAACCAGAGUGCCCGGAGAGAAACCUCUCGGAGCAACGCAGACAACCAACAACAAAUUCAACCCACAUAUGGUGUCGACGCCGGGAUUUGAACCCGGGUCACAUUGGUGGGAGCGAGUGUUCUCACCACUGCACCACCCCUGCUCCCCGAAUUAGACUACGAGCAGUCUCCAUUUUUGCUCAGGGAUAGUAGAGUGAGCGAAACGCGAGUGUGCAUGAAAAUCACCCAAUGCGAGAAAGGUGAGAUGCAGCGCCUGUCUCGCGUGGGUUGACUUUCACGGGCGCUUGCGUUUCGCUUGCUCUGCUAUCCCUGAGCAAAAAUAAGGACUAAUCGUAGUCUACCCCGAAUAAGAAUAAUCAAGAACAAGAAUAAUCAUUACAGCAAAAACUGCAUUCAGUCACUUAACAUUCUGGUAAAAUCUUUAUCUCUUAAAUUUACAGUUAUACAUGGGCCAGACCUUACAAGAAUUCAGUAUGAAGUGGAGCCAUUGGCAACGGGAGUGCAGGCAUCGCUUGGACAGUGAAACUUACGCAACAAAUCCCCAUUUACACGCCCUUUGUCAGGUGAAGAAAAAAAUGAUUUCAAGACUGUUGUUUGCAAAUUCAAAUUGUUGAUGCUUAUUUUAGUACUGCCUAUAUUGAUCAUGUGUGAAAUAUUUUGUACAUUUUGCUAUUUUAUUAAUUAUGUUUCCGGAGAAUGCAAGUUACACUGACCCUGGAAAUCCUCCCUUGUUUUGUCCAGAUACUUUGUGGCGAGGAAGAAGUAUUUGAUGAAAUGAUGUAAGUUGCCAUGACUAAUUUUCAAUCAAUUGAGACAAAAAAUAAUCACUUAUUAUUAGCUGCUAAUGUAACAGUUAGUUGCAGUUUUACUAAUUAAUCCUUCCUAAUGAAUGAAAUGAAUGAUAGACUGUAUUAUUUGAUUAAUGACGACUGUGAGUGUGGACUCUUCCGGUAGGGUUUCAAUCACGUGCUACAAGUCUGAAUCAGCUAAACUAAAUAAGCCCCCCCUCUCUAUUACCCUGCCCCCUCAAACAUGCUUGGCAUAAAUACCCCCCCGCAGGGGCUUUAUAGGGGAUUUUCAGUGUUACUUACGGAUUUCUUUGACAUGGUCUUGCAGUUAAUUAGCAGUCUUGCAAUAAAUUAUCAGUACUUAUUUUUUUCUCUUUACAGCAAGUAUUGUAAGACAUGGUACCAGCUACUCGUGGCUAAAUUACUGUACUGUAAUCCUGCUGUCAAAUCGUUUGACUUACAGUAUCAUACACAGGUAUGCAACUGGUAUUGGUUAAAUGACUGAGAGGGUGUGUCUGUUCUAGGAAUUACUAAGUGAAUGAAUGAACGAACGAACGAAAAAGCGAAUAAAUGAAUGAAAGAACGAACGAACGAACUAACGAAUGAACUGAAUAAACAAACGAAUGAGUAAGGUAAUGGAUAAAUGAAUGAGCCACAAAUAAGCAGAGGAAAAUGUGCAUGUAGGGCAAGCUGUAGCUAGCAUGUACCAGCUCAAGAGUCAUUUUAACUUCAGCCCGAAAAAAAAGUUUUGAUAACCAGGAGCUUGCAACUACGUCUCUGCAAUUUGAACUCCAACUCCAUUUCCCCUGUGGCUCCCCGUCGACUGAGCUGUCAGAUUUCCGCCAAUCAGCGCGAAGCGGAAAAGAGCGUGAAUGUUAACAAACAUAGAAAAACACGUGACAGGGAUAAUGACGUCAUUACUAUCCACUUUUUCGAUGCAGAUGUUCAAACUCCAUAGACGUCGUUGCAAGCUCUCCUUCCUUUUCCCGCCCCGCCGCCAGAGCACCCCGGAGAGCAUGCUCGCAGGUUAGCGUGAACUGACUGGUCUGGUCCUAUUUUAUUACUUUUUCAGGCUUGCAUUAGUCAAUUUGGAGGAAGUUCGAACGUGCACAGUUUUGACAGAAUUCUGUUGUCAGCAUUUGAAUUUGAUGUUCAUGCCGUUAUUAAGGAAAGCAGGUACACUAUUUCUCUACUUAUUAGGGCUAUUUAUGCGAGGAAAAAUAAGUUGCGUCUUAAAUAAGACGCGACCAAGCUAAGACGCGUCUUAUUUUAGAACAGUCCUUAACACCUGUUCUUAGAUAAGACGCGUCUUAGCUAAGACGAGAAAACCUUCGUUUAAAUGACCUUCGUGUCUUACAUAAGACGCGAACGCAUAGUACGCAUGCGUUAAUUUUUGGCGGGAAAAUUAUCGCUUACCCCGCGGUGGACUGGCAGGCCACUUGUGGGGAAAAAAUGUUUACAAAUUACAACGCGUUUUCGUCUCCUUGUCUAUUCUGCUUUAUUUUUUUCUUCGCUCAAAUACAAUGAGCACGCCGUUAAAGCCAAAAGGUAAAAAGAAACACUUGGUCCAUCGCGGAGGAAAAAUAUUUUUUGUUAAUCUGUAAGGAGAAGGCGAUAACAGACCUCCUGCACAAAUGCGUGACAUCUGCUGGUGUAAGUAGAUCCUUUUAACUUUAAACUAUCACAAUUUAUAUUUGCUAAUCAAAUUGCUAUCUCCGUAUUAUAAACUUACACUUUAAAAGUAAGUUUAAGUAUACAGAAAACUUAGAUAAGACAUGCCCGUAUAAAUGGUCCAGUUCGCGUCUUAUUUAAGACGCGCCUUAUUUUCCUCGUAUAAAUGGCCCUAUUGUUUCUUGUGCUACCUAAAUAGGAUUGCCCUAGGACAAAGCACUUAUUCCAAAGCCAAAUCAACUUUAAAACUGCGAGCAGUCUCUUACUUUUCUUUAAAGUUUUUGGGUUAGCAUCAAACAGGCGAGGGGCGAGCUGGGAAGCUGCUACCCAGGGGUGUUUCACACUUCCAGUCACACAAAUGUCCAUUUUCGAAUCUCACAUGUUUUGCUAAUGGACGAAGAAAGAAAGGGGGGGGGGGGGCUGCUCUAAUCUAUUCUGUUAUUCGGCUGUUUCAGUGGUCUAACACAUUAGUUGCAAGCAAAGGUCAAUUAUUAUUUCUGAGUUGCCUUCCAUUCCAAAAUGUCUUUUAGCUUUUCAUCUAGCAAUAUAAAAACCCCGUUAUUAUCAUCCUUUAACAUGAGACUCUGUUUUGUUGAUAUAUAGUGACGCACUUGGUAACUGGUGGUUUGUUGCCCAUCUGACUGACUUGCUUCAUCAUUGUGGACAGCUAGACUCACACCACAUGAGGUAAAAAGACUUAAGUCAUACAGUUAUUGCUAUUGAGUCUGUAUUGUUACUGUAUGACCCGCAAUCUAGUGAGCAAUAUUUUGCUGUAAAUAUGCUUUUUAUUUUGCUGCAAAAAGUGCCUUUAAACUCUCAAGUCAGUGUCUGAAGUCCUAAAUCAUGCUUAAAAGUUAUCCGGAACUGAUUUUGCCCUGCAUUUGGAUGUUUGCUGACGAAGGUCUAUGACCAAUUACAUAAAAGCUACUGACUAGGACCUUCCUAUGUCUCGGUUACUGUACGAUAUGGUUAUGACAUUCUGACAUUUGAAUCCGUGAGCGAAAUUGAAGAGUGUGACUAUUCAAAUGAACCCACUAAGCAGUACUUUUCUGUGGUGCUGUUUAUUAUGCUGCACGAAUUGACGAUGGGCAAGAAAAUAAAAACACAGCAAGAAAAGAAAUACACAAAUGAACAGUCUCAAAAGUUACAGGCUUAGCGGCGCAUGCAAUAGUAGCAGAAGAGUUUACAGCCUGCCUAGCAAGCGCUAGUUUCGCGCUCUCUUUAAAAACUAACCAAAAAAACUAACCGGCGCCACGCAAGGCUAAAGAGUUAACAGAAUUAUUAUUCUUUUUUUCAGUCAUAGCAGUACAUGUAGCUUGAGAGAAUUUCUGUUAUUGGAAUACGCUGCAAGUCUUAUGUCAAAUCACAGGUGAGAGUUGCUCCUAAUGGCAGUAGCUGACGUGACACUCACUUUCCUUCGCUCGUAAUAUUUAAUGGCCGUAUGUAAGCUUCUUUGCCACGAAAGUCAACAACGAUUACCUUACAAAUUUCUACUGGAUAAAUGCUCACUCGUAAAUAUUUGGUUGAGGAUAUUCUUUUGACCCUCAAAAUUCCAAAUGUGGCACCCACUUUCUUUCUCCAUAAUAUCCAAUGUAUGCAUAGCUUUUUUACUGCGAAAUUCGUCAACAACUUUUACCAUACCAGCCUCUGCUAGAGAAUUGCUUGCCUGUAAAUUAGUAAAAAUUCCAGUUUUGCGAAUUUGUGAGUUUGCGUGUGCAUUUUUCGAGCCCUGUAGAAAGCCUCUUGGUUUUCUUCACUAGCAUUUGUUCGAACUCUAAAAGUUGCUAAAUCCUGCUAUACUUAUUUCACAGUCUCUGGCGUGUUGCUGUCGACUAUCUCCUUCAGUGUCCAGUUUAUGGAAGGUACGCUUGUUGAAGAACAGUAUUUUCUCUUUAAAACGUAGUUAAAGCAUUCCGGGUUAGUUUCUAGAGAAACUGUGGUAUUGUGAAGUGAGUUAGUGCAAGACUAAGACAAAAAUCUCAAUGGACUCUUAAUGAAUUGGAUUCGGCUCCUUGUAGGGAUUCGUUGCUGACGUUUCGAGCGUUAGAGAGUAGCGGAAGUGAGGCCUUUACCCUGUCAAUAUGCCUUGACGGUACUACAUUUACCAUUUACCAUUACUAAUUACUACUUUUCAGUGGGGCCCUCAUAAGGAACGCUUGUUGAAGAGCAGUAUUUUACAGCUUUUAUUAAUUUUUCACACGUACAUAGUGAAUACAAAACACAAAUGUUAACAAAUUAAAAACAGUACAAAACACAAAGUAUCCAAAAAAAUUUCGAUGUACGCUAUUUAGAUUACAACCACAAAAAGAGGAAAAGAUGAAAUGGCCUAUUGACUCUUGGAGUUGAAGGGUAACAGAUGUUCUGUACAAAAUUAUUAACAAUUAUUGGACGAGGUUGAGCAAAAUAUCAUGGCGAUAACCGAGUUCGACAAUUGUUUCAUCAUUCGAUCACCAAGUUUGUUUUUCAAUGGAUUGGAAGCGAUCUGCCAUUUUCACGCAAGAGCGAUCGCAUGAAGGAGAAUUGCGUGGUUUCAUUUGCGCGUGAGCAGAAUAUUAUUUGCAGCCAAACACAGUUGGACGUCAUUGCGCAUGAGCAGACCAUUAUUUGUAGGCAGUUAUUUGCAGAUCACGUGGCAGGCUCUCGGCUAAUAAAAAGGAAGAAAAAAUUGCAUUGAAUGAUAACUUCAGUUACUGAAUUUGAGAAUUUUCUUCCUCAGAGCACACCUCGAAGAAUACAUAGAACACCUCCCCCUAGAGACAGAUAAGAAGGCAAUGAAGGUUCUGCGGCUUUGCGAGGACUUAGAAAUGCUGGCACAAGGUAGAGAAAUGGAAUACUAUCAACUCUCUCUGAACAGAAAUUGUUCCGUGCUUUUAAAAUUUUUUUCCUCUCUCUUUUCGCCAUUUUCAUAUCUCUCAUACUACGCUUUGUUUUCCCCCACUGAAAAUGUUGCUUGAGCAUUGUCUCCAAUUUCUCUUGAUACGAUUGUGAAAUUUUGGAGCGCAAACUAGGUGUAUUAAGGGAGAUGGUCGAAUAGAGAUUGGCCAUUUUGAGCCAGGGCGAUUUUCCUUAUGACCUUGAAAUGAAAACGCGCGAACAAGACAGGAACAACAAACGAACGGAAAUAGAGCGAUUUGAUUGGUUAUCGAACGGAUACAAACGCGCGUGGCUUUUGGUUGGUGAAGCGAACGCUCAAGAAAUCGAUACUUCCUUUGGACGUCAUACUGCAACGCGAUUGGCCAAUCGAACAAUGCCUUCUCCAUAUCAGGGUUUUCUUUGGCGGGAAAACGAAGAGUCCAUGUUUUGAUCUUUUCAUCCACUGUCUGAUAAAACAAAUAACGAACACUUCACAAAACCGUUUUUCAAGGUCAUGCGAAAAUCGUUGUGGGACUAUUUUGGGGGACGACAAUGUACAACCUUGUAAUAGCCAAUUUAAAAAGCGACGGCACUUGUAUUUGGGGAUGGAAAUAACUCUAGCAAUAAGAGCCACAAGACCAAUGUUGUCUUAAAUGUGAUCACGAUACAUUACAAGGCCAAUUACGGUUGUAAUCAGAACGUAUCCUUGGGGAUAAAAAUGAUAUUUUGAAAAACAGCAAUAAGGCCAGUAAGACCAAGGUUAAAGCAGGGAUUCAUUUUAUACUGCGGAUAAAAGUAAUUUAGAGUAAUGUUUACUGCAAAAUGGUGCCUGAGAACGUGUUAAAACAAAAUGGCUUCAACAACAACGUGACUGCUCUGACUACAGUAGAUUUAGAAUCACAUUUACUGCAGAAUUGUGCCCUCGAACGUUUUAGAACAAGAAGGGUGGACACCAAAAACGUGACCGCCCCGACUACAGUAGAUUUAGAAUAACGUGUGGUGCAAAAUUGUGCCUGAGAACGUGUUAAAACAAAAUGGCCAGUCAGCAACAACGUGACCGCUCUUAAUACAGUAGGUUUAGAAUCACGUUUACUGCAAAAUUGUGCCUGGGAACGUGUUAAAACAAAAUGGCUUCGCCAACAGCGUGACCGCUCCGACUACAGUAGAUUUAGAAUCACGUUUACUGCAAAAUUGUCCCCACAAGAGUGGCGGUCAGCGGUCAGCAACAACGUGACCACUCUGAACCACACGACCUAUGUUGUCUAAAUGUGAUCACGUAAUAUUCUGGGAGGAGAGUAAAAGAUACAUUUUGUGAAAGUCCCUACAUACUGAGAACGACAAGGCCAAUUACGGUUGUAGUCAGAACGUAUCCUUGGGGAUAAAAAAAUAUUUUGAAAAAUAGCAAUAAAGCCAGCAAGACCAAGGUUAAAGUAGGGACUCAUUUUAUACUGGGGAUAAAAACGCGGUGAAAAGCACCAAUGAGAACAUCAAAACCAAUCAAAGUUGAAGUAACAAAUAUUCAAAAACCGACAAGAUCAAAGCGGCAUUUACAAUGAAGUUUUUUGGGGGAACAGUGAAAAACAAGGAGAACAAACAGACCGACUCAUUAACAGUGA